AUGCUUAUUUUGAAAGACGGUGACGGGUUGGAAGCCUUCCGCGCGUUUCUUAGAACGGAACAUUCUGAUGAAAACCUCAUGUUCUGGCUGCAGGUGGAGUCGCUGAAGACGGUCGAAAGCAAAGCAAAGUUACAAGACAUGGCUGAUAAACUGCUGAAAGAAUUUUUCCCGGACAAGAACGACAGCAAUAGCCAAAAGUCUUUGAAUAUCUCUUACAAACAAACAUCAGAUAUUGUCACGUUGCUCGAGACUUUAGCCGUCAACGAAGAUGUUCUUGACUUGAGCGCAUUCUGCGCAAUAGCUACCGAGCAAAACGAACAUAUAUUAGAAGGCUUCGGAAAUCAAGAGGAACAAAUCUCACUGGCCCUAAAGGAACAGUAA